AUGGAUGCCUCCACGUUAGAGAAGGACCCGAAUGUCGUCAGUGACACGGAGCGAGAUGGCGCUGGUGGUGUCGCCGUCUCUGACGAGAUGGCCGGCACAGCACGCAUCGUCGACCACAUUGCUGAGAGGCAACUUUGUCGAAAGUUUGACUUCCGAAUCCUGCCCGUGCUGGCCGUCAUGUAUCUCUUCAAUGCGAUCGACAAAGGCAACCUGGGCAAUGCCCAAACCGCUGGGCUCAGCGAUGACCUUGGCUUCGCGCCCAACCAGUACAACCUCGUCAUCUCCAUCUUCUUCGUGCCGUACGUGAUCUUCGCCCCGCCCGUGGCCAUGAUCGGCAAGCGCUUCGGCCCCGCGCGGGUGCUGCCCAUCCUGAUGUUCAUCUUCGGCUCCAUGACGCUGCUGUCGGCGGCCACGCACAACUUCGGCGGCAUCUUCGCCCUGCGCUUCAUCCUGGGGGUCGCCGAGUCCGGCUUCUUCCCGCUCGUCAUCUACUACCUGACCACCUUCUACCGCCGCGGCGAGCUGGCCCGCCGCCUGGCCAUCUUCUACGCCGCCUCCAACAUCGCCAACGCCUUCAGCGGCCUGCUGGCCUACGGCGUGUUCCGGAUCCACUCCAAGCUCCUCGUGUGGCGCUAUCUGUUCCUCAUCGAGGGCGCCGUGUCCGUUGUGUUCUCCACCUUUGCGUACUUCUAUCUUCCCCGGAGCGCUGCCGAAGCCCGGUUCCUGUGCGAGGAGGAGCGGUCGCUCGCAUUUCACCGGAUCCAGGUCGACUCGUCGUCGGUGGUGUCGGAGGAGUUCAACUUCAGAGAGUCGCUCAAGAUCUUCAAGUACCCGACGACGUACUGCUUCAUUCUGAUCGAGGUGUGCCUGGGCGUACCCAUCCAGUCGGUGGCGCUCUUCAUGCCGCAGAUCAUCCAGCGGCUCGGCUACGACACGGUCAAAACAAACCUGUACACGGUAGCGCCCAACGUGGGCGGGGCGGUGAUGCUGCUCAUCCUGGCCUUCAGCUCGGACCUGCUGCGGAUCCGGUUCCCCUUCAUCAUGCUCGGCUUCGCGCUGACCUUCAUCGGCUUCAUCAUCUACGCGGCCAUCGACGACGUGCAGGCCAACAUCCAGCUCGCCUAUUACGCCUGCUUCAUGAUGGUCUGGGGCACGUCGGCGCCGUCGGUGCUGCUGUCGACGUGGUACAACAACAACGUCGCCCACGAGGGUCGCCGGCUGGUCCUCACCUCGGUUGGCGUGCCCUGCGCCAACGUCAUGGGCCUGGUCUCGAGCAACAUCUUCCGCGCCAACGAGAAGCCCAAGUACGAGACCGCGCUCAUCACCACGGCUGUCUUCGGAGCCACUGGGGCCUUCGUGGCGGGCUGCCUGGGCUGCUACAUGAUCUACGAUAACCACAGAAGGAACCGCGCCGCUGGCGUCAGGACGACGGCACGCGACAUCCCCACGAAGAGGCUGCGCGACGGACCUAGUGUUCCCGAGUUUCGCUGGUUCCUGUAUAUCGGCGACCGGCUGGAAAGCCUCGACACCCCGUCCAUGAUCGUAGACCUCGAUCUCAUGGAGUCCAACAUCGAAAAGCUCAUGAACAGCCUAUUGCCAACGGGAGUCAACAUCCGCCCUCAUCUCAAGACCACGAAAAGCGCUAUACUGGCCAAGAAGCUGGCCGAAGCCGGUGCAAAGGGAGGCUGCGUGGCGAAGCUGAGCGAGGCAGAAGUCAUCGCGGCCGCGGGAUUCGACGACUUGCUGAUUACGUGCGAGAUCAUCGGCACCGCCAAAGUCGGGAGACUUGUUGAGCUGUAUCGCCGACACCGAAAUAUCAGAAUAGUGAUCGACAGCGAGGUUGGCGCGACGGCCAUCAACGAUGCCCUGGCGCGCUCCGGAAUCGAGGACCCGAUAUCCGUGCUGAUCGACGUUGAUGUCGGGCUGCACCGCACCGGUGUGGAGCCCGGCCAGCCAGCCCUUGCCCUGGCCCGGCACAUUGGCGGCCUGAAGCACUUGAGCAUCAUCGGCGUCCAAGGGUACGAAGGGCACCUGCAGCACCUCCACGACCGGGCAGACCGUCAGAAGCAGUGCCUCGAGUCGAUGGAGACACUGACGGGUACCGCGGAGAUGCUGCGGAAGGCCGGCUUCGACAUGCAGGUCGUCACGACGGGCGGGACCGGCACGGCCGAGUUCUGCGUCACGGUGCCCGGAGUCACCGAGGUCCAGCCGGGGUCCUUCAUCUUCAUGGACACGGACUACCGCAACGCCGUGGGCACCUUCUACUCGAACUGUCUCACGAUCCUGUCCACGGUCAUCAGCCGGCAGGGCCCCCGGUUGGUAACCAUCGACAGCGGCCUGAAGUCGCUGACAACCGACAGCGGGCUGGCCGAGUGUAAAGAUUCUAGAUACGCCUACGGGGUCCUGGGCGAUGAGCACGGCUCGUUGAGCUGGGGAGACGACGCCCCCGCGCUAUCGGUGGGCGACCGCGUUGAGAUGAUCCCGAGUCACAUUGACCCAACGAUAAACCUGCACGACUUCUAUUAUGCGCAUCGGAAAGGGGUGAUUGAGGAGAUUUGGCCCGUUGAUUCAAGAGGAAAGGUCCAGUAG